AUGAGUCUUCUUCAUGUCAGCGAGGAAGGCUGGAUUGUGUCUCACUUGCAGUAUCUCGACGAGAUAUACAGGAAGGUCCGAUACGAAAAUGGAUUUUGCGCUUUAGGCUUUAACAAAAUGAUAUUUGAAAUUAAUUCUCAGUACCUGAGGCAAAAUCAGAUAGCUCAGACCAUCCAGGAAUCCCAGGACAAUACUAUAACGCAUAAAAAGAAAAGGAAGCGCUUGCAGCUAUUGCCGCAAAAAGACUUGGAGAAGGUUAAUCAUGUUAAACAAGCGUUUGGUGCAAUGAUGACUGUUGCGAGAAGCAAAGGGCUCUUUUCGCGGAAUAAUUUCUUUGAUAACAAUGAGGUAGCACGUUUGGCAUCUAUGAGAUUUUAUCAGGAUACAUAUUCUCUUAAAGAUGAGAAUCUGUAUGGAUCCAAUGACACUGAUGAUGCUAUUGUAUCUGAGGCUCACAAUAAGAAAUAUGUAUUUCCAAGAAAGUGCACAUUUUAUUCCUAUGAUGUAAGGGAUAUAGAAAAGAAGAUUGAGCUGAGCAACCAGUACGACUUUAUAUUGCUGGAUCCACCUUGGUGGAAUAAAUCGAUUAGAAGAAAAAAGAUGAAAUGUGCAGAGGCCAGUUACAAAAUGAUGUACAAUGAGGAAUUAGUCAAGAUACCAAUAAAAAAACUAUUACAUUCAAAUGGUAUUGUAGCUGUCUGGUGUACUAAUUCGUCAAAUCACUUAAAUAGUAUCAUCAAUGAAAUAUUUCCAUCUUGGGGUAUUAUUUAUAGAGCUAAAUGGUAUUGGCUAAAGGUGACACAGGCAGGUGAUACAAUAUGUAAUUUUAACUCAGCACCUGGAAAGCAACCUUAUGAAUUGCUGGUACUAGGGACUGCAUUAGAAAAGGGCAAAAUCGACAUCCCUGGUGGCAAGCUGAUGAUCAGCGUACCCAGUGCGGUACAUUCUCAUAAACCACCUCUUACAGAAAUCAUAAAGGACUAUCUCCCGGAUGAACCAAAAUGUCUAGAGAUUUUUGCAAGAUACUUAUUGCCUGGAUGGACAAGUUGGGGUCUAGAAAUUUUAAAGUUUCAACAUUUAUCGCUCUAUGAAAUUCUGGAUGAAUGUAAGAAAGACGAAGGUGAUAUCAGUAAUGUAAGCAGCGAGAAUGAAACAAGGAACAACCGUUAAAUGUGUUCAGUAGUUCCGUUCUUUAAUGAAGUUCGGUAACCGUGUGGAUUCAUCUUCUGCCACCUCCAGAAGUCUAUACCUGUGUUUGACGACGUUUCAUCGUUAGAUCGGUGAUCAUUUGAGAUCUGUGUUCAAGUCGAGGACAACAUUUACUUACACAUUUGCUCAACGUUGUACUUUGCUGUCCAAUUCAAUUCUUUCUUCGCCAAAUCCGUAUUAGCGUACAUGGAUACGAUGUCGCCCUCUCUUCUCUCCUUUAUAACGUACGGCACGGUGGUGCCGGUGACUUUUUCAAACGUUUUUAUCAAUUCUAACACAGUCACGCCAUUGCCAGUGCCUAAAUUAUAAAUCUUAAGUCUGAGGUGCUGUUUGUGCAAAGCAUUUAACGCCGCCACAUGACCAGCUGCCAAAUCCAUAACGUGAAUGUAAUCGCGAACUCCUGAAAAAAUAUCAAGAUAAUCACCACCGAAUAUAAUCAACUCCGACUUUAGCCUCGAUGCAACUUGAGCGAUAUACGGCAUCAGAUUUGUGAACGGCUUCGUCGGAUCCUCUCCGAUCAAUCCCGAUCGGUGAGCACCAACCGGAUUGAAGUAUCUUAGAGAUAUAAUGUUCCAACUCUGUGUUAAACGAAACAGAUCUUCAAUUAAAAAAGAAAGGCUCGGGAUAUAUCCUUAAGCAUCUCUUCAAUAAAAUACUUAGUGCGGCCGUAGACGUUAGUAAUGUUGCCGGUUUCGUGUUCUUCCGUGAUGGGCAAUUUUGUAGGUUCGCCGUAAACCGUGCAUGAGCUACUGAAUACAAGUUGAAAACAGCCGGCUGCUUUCAUCACCUGCAAAUAAGAGAACGACGCGUCGAAUUGUAGAAAUGAUCGAAGAAGAGAGCGCACGCGUGCAAUAUAAUCUUCUUACCUCGAGCAGAUUAAUAGCUCCUAUUAUGUUGUUUCGAUAGUAAUGAAGCGGAACUUGCAUCGAUUCGCCGACGGCUUUGAUAGCCGCAAAAUGUAUCACGCAAUCUAUUUUGUGCUGAAAAUGACAAAUUAUUCUUUUCAUAGGUUUGAAAAAAAAAUUGUUCUUUCCAACUCUUUCAACUUUGUACCAUAUAAUAUACAAUGGAAUAAUCAUGAUAAAUAGAAUGUAUAAUAUGGA